AAUCGAUCGCGCGGUCCGUGCGUACGUACGUUGUUCGCUUUCGCCCCGUCGGUCGCAGCAGAAAAAGUGGAAUUUAAGGUUUUGGGUGUCCCAGGAAGUGCUACUUGGUGGUUUACUUCGGAGUCGUGUUGAAAUUCGCGAAUAAAGAAGUGGUAACCAGCGGCGAGAGCCCAAGCCCAAGCGCAGUGCGUGUGCUGGCGGUGAGCAGUGGUGGUCCUUCCUGUGGCAGUAUGUGAGUGAAGCGUUCCGGUGUGUGCGUAGCGCAGAGCAGUGUGAUUUUUGUGUGUAUCCCCCGCCGGUGGGUACGAAAACGCCACCGCGCUUUUCCCAGCAAAACUUCGGUCGCGGCGCGGGCCAUCCUCGAGACAGCAUCCUGGUUCGCCUUUGUCCGUCGAGCGGAAAAGGAAAAAUCGUGCGAAAGGAGUGUGUUGUGUGUGUUGGUAGUGGUGAAAACCGUCUCUACCGUACCUCAACGCAGGCGGAAGGGAACACCGUGACGGCAACGAUGGUGCCGGGAACGAAGGGAAUCUAUCUGGCGCUGUUGGUGCUGGUUGCCAGCAGCAGCUUUAGCGGCCACCACCAGGUGAAGGGAGAGAAGUACGAGGACGAGGACGACUACUAUGAUUCCAGAGAACGUGUCCUGGAGACGUCGUACCACGGUUUGAUAAAAGAGAACGAAACGUUCGUCGAGAUUACGCCAUUGAUCAAGGUUGAUGAAUCGAAAAUCUGUGGAUUCCACAUAAUUAAAAAGAACAAGGAGAUACCGUUCCAGAUUGAGCUGGUCAACGAGCUCGGUAUCCUGAAGGCGAAAAAGACACUCAACUGUGAGAAGCGGAAAAACUACAAGUUCGACAUCACCGCCGUGUUCUGCGAUGGGUCACACUCCAAGAGCGCAAGCGUUCACAUCUCCGUGAUUGACAUAAAUGAAUAUUCGCCAACAUUCCUGCAGCCUUCGUACGUCACAGAGGUGGACGAAGGCCGGCUGUACCAGGAGAUCAUUCGCGUCGAGGCCACGGACAAGGACUGUACGCCACUGUUUGGCGAUGUGUGCAAGUACGAGAUCCUGACGAACGAUCAGCCGUUCACCAUCGACAACGAGGGCUCGAUCCGCAACACGGAACCGCUGUCGCACAAGAUCUCGCACAAUCACAUCCUCUCGGUGGUGGCGUACGACUGUGCGAUGAAGCAGUCGGCCCCGGUGAUGGUCAACAUCCGCGUGCGGCGUGUCUGCGAGGCGCACGUCAUGGGCGUGGCCGAACGGAUCGACUACACCGCCAACUCGCUGGAGAGCGUCUCGCUGUUCCCGAAGAUUCGGCUCGAGCUGUGCGAUAUGCAGUGCAAGGGCGAGGACAUGGUGAUCCAGUCGUCGGUGUCGCUCAAGACGAAGCACAUCUCGUUCGGGUGCGAUCGUGACGCGACCCAGUGUCUGCGCCGGUUGAGCGAAGGCGAGCCCCGCCAGCAGCUGGCCGACGGUGCCGGCGGGCUGGUCGAUCUGCUGCAGAAGAACACCGACUGGACGAAGGACCUGGUGUACGACGAGGGCGCCGAGUCGGUGUUCCACUUUGACGGCAACUCGGGCGCGAUCGUGCCGAAGAACGUCGUGCAGCCGCAGGACUUUGCGGCGCACCAGUUCAGCAUCGUGACGAUGUUCCGGCACCACAGUAUCGCGACGAACGAUAAGCACACCAAGGAGCACAUCGUGUGCAGCGCGGACGACCACAAGAUGAACCGCCACCACAUGGCGCUGUUUGUGCGCAACUGCCGGCUGAUCCUGCUGCUGCGCAAGGACUUUAACGAUGGCGACCUGAACAUCUUCAGCCCGGCCGAGUGGCGCUGGAAGAUUCCGCAGGUGUGCGACAACGAGUGGCACCACUACACGGUCAACGUGGACCUGCCGAAGGUGGAACUGUACGUCGAUGGGGUGCGCUUCGAGAGCAGCGUCGAGGACCGGCACAGCAACCCGGAGGUGAUCGACGAUUGGCCUCUGCACGCGGCGCACGGCAUCAACACGACGCUCGCGAUCGGUGCCUGCUAUCAGGGAUCGGAGAACCGCCUGAAGCACGGUUUCAGUGGCGACAUCUCGGAGAUCAAGCUGUCGACCCGUGCCAUCCUGACACCGAGCCAGAUUCGCUGCGGAACGGACUGUGCCGAGAAGCUGCUGCCGCCCGCCGAUCACUACCUUGAGCCGGAGCAGCAAAUUCAGUCAAACACGCAGAUGAACAAGAUCGUGAUCGAGGGUAGCAACAAGACCAACAUCGAGCUGCUGCUGCAGCAAAUCCAGUACAUCAAUGCGAAGGAAAACCCCACGAUCGGACGCCGUAACAUCCAGGUGAUGACCACGGUGAGCUGCCCGAACAAGAAGGCGAUCCGGUUGCCAACGAUCGAUACCUACAUCAUGGUUACGUCGACCAGCGGUGGUGGUGCUGCAUCAGGUUCGUCCGGCACCGCGUCUGCUUCGUCGUCGUCAUCAGUGUCGGGGUUGUACAGCAAGAUCCUGGACAAACCGCUCACCACGGACCAGAAGCCCCGGAUUGUGAUCAGCGGCAACUCGAACCAUCUCGUGUCGUACCCGGACAUCAAGGAUGGUGUGAAGAUCCUGGCGCAGAUCAACAUCAGCAUCUACACCGGCAAGGACAUUCGGCCCGAGAUGCAGAAGCUGGACUCGUGCAACGUGAACGUGUUCCCGAGCCUCAACCCGGACCACGAGGAGAUCACGAUCGACGAUAAGGACGGGGCGGAUGAGUCGCUGUUCAAGUUCGACAUCAAGACGAAGAUCAGCAAGGAGGGCGUCGAGAUGAUCGGUUACGACACGAUCGAGAACUACCAGCACGUGCUGAAGUCGCUCGUCUACAUCAACAAGAAGCCGGCCUACUACCUGAACCGGGUGUUCAAGCUGACCUGCUCGCAGGUGGACGAUCACUUCCGAAGCGCCGAGUACACGCUUACGCUGACGGUGCUGCACCCGAAGCAGCAGCCAACGUCCUCGGCGGCGGCGGCCGCCGCAGCAGCGUCGCCCUCGUCGAACGUUCUGCUCGCCAUCUCAACCGCACCGUCCGAGGGUCAACAUAAUGCGCCCGUUGCCGUCGAUUCGCACGAUAACACAAAUCAGUACGCACAUGCGAUGCUACACUCGCACGAUGUGCAGGAGGCCCAGUCGAAGGUUCGCACCAGUUCCGGCAUCGUCGGGCACGAGAAGCUCGCCUCGUCCCACUCGACGAUGCUGAUUGUGGUGAUUUGCGCCUCGUUCGUGCUGCUAAUCUGCGGUGUCGGCAUUGCCCGUCUGCGCAACAACAGCACCGGAAGUGCUGUGGGGGGUAGUGGUGGCGGUCUACUCGGGUCCGGCGCGGCCGGCCAUUCGCGCAACACCGACAAACAUCAGCCGUGCCCGAAGGUGGCCCCGGACCAGCAGCUCGAUUGGGACGAUUCCGCCCUGACCAUCACCAUCAACCCGAUGCAGAACGACAACCUGUCGGACGAGAGCUCCGAGUCGGAGAACUCGGACUCCGAGGACGAGGAGGUCAUCAACGGGCGCUACAAAAACGUCAGCCAGCUCGAAUGGGACAACUCCACAAUCUAAAUGAAUACAUCAAACAAUUUAAAGUAUGACAAAUUUAUUACACUACACAACACCCACUGCGGCGGGUCACCACCAGCGACACACCGUACGAAAGAGCAGCCCCAACCAGCCAGCAGCGCAGCAGAACUCCCCGUGAACCAGUGCGGCGAGACCAAGCAAGAAGCCUAUAUAUAUAAAUAAAUAUAUAUAUAAACUGUGUGAGAAUGAAGUCCCCAUAAAUGGUCGCAGCGCCAGUGUGAAACAAGCUGCGGCGCAGCGCGUCGAUCGGCCCAACCAAAAUCUGAUAAUUUGCACUUCGGAGGGCCACAUUAUCUGGCCCGCCACUACACAGCCACUACCCUCCCGGGGAUAGCACAAUAGGAACGGAUUAUCUGCCGCCACACACACACAAAAAAAGCUAACAAAACAUCCUUCUCUCCGAACGCGGGAGGACCCUGCAGGUCCUUUCCGCUGACGCGGAACCCCACACACGACGGACCUUCCCACUAAGGGUUCCGGGGUUCCCACGGGGCAGUGGACGGGACAGCCUAUCUGUACUUAAUGCACAGCAAUGAUGAUGAUGCAAUCAGUGUGUGCGGCAUUGUGGGAAUCGGUUAAUCGGCAAAGUAACAUAACGCCGCAGCGCCAACAACAUUCAUUUCAAUACGCAAGACAGUUCGAGACGAAUAGGGAAAGAGAGGAAGAGAGAGAUGUGUUGUGACCCCCAGGCGGGGUCGAAAGGAAAAAGCAAGGGCAAACACACAUUAAACUAGCGAUCGGCUUAAUGAAAGUGAACACAAAAAGCGAUUCUAUAUUAUUAAAAGAAGUAAAUACAAAAGUCCACAGAAAGUGAGGGAGCAAAUCCCUCUAGCUAUAAAACACGGUAGAGAAGGAAAGAAGCCAGCGAACGUAAGAAGGGAGAGACAGAGAGAUAGCAUAAACGAGGAAGAAAUAAUAAACGUAAAACGUGUGUAAUAGUGUGUGAGAUGUAUAAAUUGAUAAACAGAAAGAGAAUCGACGCGGCACGCGGUUUACGAUGCCGCUGAUGAUAAGACGGCUAAUUAUAGUAUCACUAGCACCUAUUCACUACAAGAGAACAACGGAAAACAAAACAAAACAAAACAACAGCUACUACUAAACUACUACUACUAAAUACUACUGCUACUACUGUAACUACCACUAAAUCUACGACGCCCCCCAGUCAGCAACGUGCAUGGAGAGGACCCCCCCCAGGUUGCUGCGCAUUCCUGCGAGAACGUUGCGUCCUCCCCGAAAACAUCCGCCGGCGCGCAACCUGUACGGCAGCCGGAGAGCCAGCGUAUCGCGUGAGUUGUGCUACGCCUCGCUUCGGAUCGGAACCGGCGCCUCGUUUGAUGGUGGCGGAUGACGCUGGAUGAAUCUCCGAAAUCACCGGACCUCUGUAAGCGGCGAUGAGGAGACACGAUUGAUCAGCUUAUCAGCAUUACUUGCCCCACACCGUCACACAUCUUACUUUUGCGCGCGCUCCCGGAGGCUUCAUUUGGGUGUGUCUUGCCAUGCUGCGUGCGUGCCAUCGUGUUCGCGUAAGCCGAUUUUAGCAGUUUUUAUUUAGGUGUUUUAACCACAAAUAAAGUGCACAAGAAGACAUUUUAAGACACACGGAAAGAAAAUAUCAACGGAAUUGAUUUGUACGCGCUCCCGAAACGAGAAAUGCCGUUUGAUCUGCAGUUUUAGUACACAGCACACACUUUUUAGUACAGAGCUUCUUUUGUAGCACAAAGGGCGAGCACAAAGGACAGAGGACAAAAUUUGGCGGGCCACACCAGUAGGACAUUAAGGAGCUAAGAGCUACUGGUAGGUUGGGGCCGGGUGUACCGUCCGCGCGGGAACCGCAACUCUGUGAGUGUGGUUAAAAGUGCAGAAAAGAAGCGGAGAAAAAUACUAUGAAUAAAAGAAAAGAUCCCUGGCCGCGCCACGCCGGACGGGGGCUGGCAACGGCGUUCCGAAACACUUUAAAAUGUGUGGCUGAAGUCGUGUUGAGGUGAGAGAAUCUCAUCGCGUAACGCUUUCUGCCAUGCGUCCGCGCUCCGUGUCCGUGUCCGGGUUUGGUUGCGACCCACACCCACAAACACUUUCGUUUCACUCUCAACCGCCCC